AUGUCCUUUGACCACUAUGUGACCAUCUGCAAACCCCUGCAUUAUAUGACCAUCAUGAGUAACAGAGUCUCCCAUAGGUUUAUCAUCAGCUGUUGGAUGAUUAGCUUGUUAAUCAUCAUUCCCCUACUUAACCUGGGCCUCAAUCUGGAAUUCUGUGACUCUAAUGUCAUUGAUCAUUUUUUCUGUGAUGCCACUCCCUUUCUAAAGAUAUCAUGCUCAGACACAUGGUUCAUAGAGAGAAUGAUUCUGGUGUGUGCUGUCUUGACUUUCAUUAUGACCCUUGUGUGUGUUGUUCUGUCUUACAUGUAUAUCAUCAUGACAAUUAUAAGAUUAUCUUCUUCUCAGCAAAGGAAAAAGGACUUUUUGACUGGUUCUUCCCACAUGGUUGUAGUUUCCAUCACCUAUGGCAGCUGCAUCUUCACGUAUAUCAAAUCUUCAGCCAAGAAUGAGGUGGCUCUUAAUAAAGGAGUUUCUCUGCUCAUUUUUUCUAUUUCACCCAUACCUAGAAAAUUAUCAAUAGUUUAA